AUGAGUGUCACCUGGUGGCUGCAUAGGAAGAUGGCGCAGUUACUCGUCGUGAGAUGCGGUGCCGAGGCCGAGAUUUCCCUAGAGAUGGCCAUGUGUAGUUACUAUCGAGGUAAGGUUUGUCACCGGGAGGUUGACCUUUUGGAGACUAUUCCCCCUCCCGUAUUUGAAAAACAUAUGGGGGAACUCGCUGAACUGCUCUUAACAGAAGGUGGAAGUUCAAGUUCUAGCAGACCUACCUCACUUUCCCAACCGGUUGUUAGGGCCAUUUUCCCAGCUCGUUUUCUGGCCUCUACUUUUGCUGAUAUUCAUGUGGUGGAUCAAGCAGGAAAAGACGAAGAGACCGAAUCUGAUGACAUGGGCCUCCGUCCUCAUAAGAUGUGCAACACGGUGUCCGUACCCAAGCUUCAUGGUGAUAUCAGGGAUGUUCUUGGCGAUAAGUUUCCUAUGCCUGGGCAGAAAGAGAUAGUGGUGGUGCCCAGUUUUUUUUAA